CGCUGCUUGCCUUCCAUCCAUAGCAACCAGUAACAUCUCCAUCAACUCUCCUCCCUGUGUUCUUCUUGCUGCUGCUGCUGCUUUCAUUGCAUUCCCUGAUACCUGCAAAGAAGUUGCAGCUGAAGGAAGAGAAUGCAACAGAUCUCAUCUUUUGCCUCUGUUCUCUCUGUUUCUGGACACAAGAUGGGGGAGACCGGCAACGCCAAGCACUACCAGCAACCGGCGGUGGUGCCCAUGAACGUCUCGAUAGAGCUCGGCCACGCGCAUCGGCUCGAGAAAGCCUUCGAAUGCUACGACGACGACGGCCGGCUCAAACGAACCGGGACGGUGUGGACGGCGAGCGCGCACAUCGUCACGGCGGUGAUCGGCUCCGGCGUGCUGUCGCUGGCCUGGGCCAUCGCGCAGCUCGGCUGGGUUGCCGGCCCCGUGGUCAUGCUCCUAUUCUCCUUCGUCACGUACUACACCUCCACUCUCCUUGCUGACUGCUACCGCUCCGGCGACCCGAUCUCCGGGAAGCGCAACUACAAGUACACGGAUGCCGUCCAUUCCUACCUCGGUGGGCUAAAGGUCAAGCUCUGUGGAUUCAUCCAGUAUGCCAACCUCUUCGGCGUCGCCGUUGGCUACACCAUUGCUGCCUCCAUUAGCAUGAUGGCGAUCCGGAGGUCCAAUUGCUUCCAUGAGAGAGGCCACGAUAACCCCUGCCACACCUCGAGCAAUCCUUACAUGAUCAUGUUCGGCGUCGCGGAGAUCUUCCUGUCGCAGAUUCCCGACUUCGAUCAGAUAUGGUGGCUCUCGAUCGUCGCCGCCGUUAUGUCGUUCACGUACUCCUCCAUCGGCCUCGCCCUCGGCAUCGUCCAAGUGAUCGGCAACAAAGGCUUCAAAGGCAGCCUCACCGGAAUCAGCAUCGGCGUCGUCUCCCCGACCCAGAAGGUAUGGCGCAGCCUGCAGGCCUUCGGCGACAUCGCCUUCGCCUACUCCUUCUCCCUCAUCCUCAUCGAAAUCCAGGACACCAUCAAAGCUCCGCCGCCAUCCGAGGCGAAGGUGAUGAAGAAGGCGUCGCUGACGAGCAUCGCCGUCACCACCAUCUUUUACAUGCUAUGCGGCUGCAUGGGCUACGCCGCGUUCGGCGACGAGGCGCCCGGCAACCUCCUCACCGGUUUCGGAUUCUACAACCCCUACUGGCUGCUCGACGUCGCCAACGCCGCCAUCGUCGUCCACCUCGUCGGCGCCUACCAGGUCUUCUGCCAGCCCCUGUUCGCCUUCAUCGAGAAGUGGGCGCUCACGACGUGGCCCGACUCCGCCUUCAUCACCAAGGAGGUCGCCGUCCCCCUCCCCUCGACCAAGCGCUACCGUCUCAGCCUCUUCCGCCUGGUGUGGCGUUCCGCCUUCGUGGUGCUGACGACCGUCAUCUCCAUGCUGCUUCCCUUCUUCAACGACGUGGUCGGCCUGCUCGGGGCGCUCGGCUUCUGGCCGCUGACGGUGUACUUUCCGGUGGAGAUGUACAUCGCGCAGAAGAGGAUCCCCAGGUGGAGCACGAGGUGGGUGUGCCUGCAAAUUCUAAGCUUAGCUUGUCUCGUGAUCACCGUCGCAGCCGCCAUCGGGUCUGUCGCCGGAGUUGUCACCGAUCUCGAGGCCUACAGGCCCUUCAAGAGCAGUUACUGAGACGACCUCCAAAAACUGAUGAAGAAAUAGUUCAUAUAAACGCAUCAGAAGUUGCCUCGUAGUACUUAUUAUUAGUAUAAUUAUACUUGUGUUUCUACCUUUUUGUUGUCAUUUAUGUCACUCCUCUUAAUGAUUAUUAAUGAUGAAAAUACCUAUUUCAUUUGUGA